AUGUCACGUACGGUCAUGUCAGUAAAAACGAUGAAUGACAAGGACCAAGGUCACAUUGUCUUCAGUGCUCUCGAUGAUACUUCCCACUCCGUUCAUGCGUAUAAUAUAAAUGGCACAAGUCUUGGUUCCAAAUAUGUAUCUGGUAGAGUUACAGGCUUGGCAACAGCAUCCGAUUAUAUUGUUGUUGCUGAUGAUGCAGGCGAUAUAACAGUCAGUCGUUUGAACGGCCUUAAGCCUGUUUUUGACAUUCCACUACACAUUCCAAUACAAACUGUUGUGGUAACACCUGGUAAUACACAUAUAUUAGCUCCGCUACGUGAUGGCCGUCUAGCAGUGAUAGCAGUUCAAGUUCCCAUUGGAAACAUUAAAAAGCAUUCCGUAAUCAAUGUUUAGUAAGACUAGAAAGAUUAAGAAUCGACUUUAUAGAACUGAAAGUUAUAUGAAAAAAAACUUACAAAGUUCAGAAUAUAUAAAUGCUAAAAUUGCAAUUGCUUAAAGGAUAAAUUUUAGCAAAAUGCUUUUUACUUAAGAUGUAACUCCACAUUUUAUCUUGCAUCCUUACUGACACAUACUGUAUACAAAACAUCACAACAAAUAAAUUGAGAAAAUAUCAACAAAUAUGAAACCUUAAUAAAGCCAAUGAUUUAUAAUCAAAAAGAGGGGAAACACAGAAAAUUAAAACUGCAACAGUAAUGGUGAAGCAAGGAACGUGAAAGUAUUUAAAUUCAAUUAAAGUCCUUAGAAGCUCACAAAAGGAUGUUAAUUCGAUGUUACUUUUUAUACAUAUUUAUAUUUUCUUUUACUGUUUUGUUUAUUAUAUAUUUCCGCA